AGUCACCACUGACCAACGACUGCGGUUCUGAAGUUCUCUCCAUCUCUCUGUUUCUUCUUUUCCUUUUCUGUCAAUUUUUCAUCCUCCCACUCGGAGAGAGGGAGAGAGAGAGAGAGAGAGAGAGGAAGAAAUUGGAGAGAAUCAUCUCACAGAUUUCAAUCGACCUGGGUGUGGGAGUGUGGAAAGUGUUGAUUUUUAUUGUCUGGGUUUGGCAGUGUGAAAAGUGUUGUUUAUUGUCGUUUUCUCUUCUCCUUCUUCGUUUCUUUGCCUCCUUUCAGGCGUAGAAAUGGAGGAAGGCAAGAAGGGUGAGAAACCAUUGGAUAUUGACUUUAAUGCCCUUUUAAAAAACGAUGAUGCACCGGCAGACCUGGAGGUGGUGCCUGUCGGGCAGUCCUCUCAAGACGACGACUUGGCAGCGCUUUCAGAUCAUAGCCUCGAUGAAAAAAUUCUCAGAUUACAACGAACCGUCAACGAUAUGUCCUCCAGAUUGCCCGAUAAUGGUGUGAAACUUCGUGCCUGUCUCCAGCGACUGGAAGAGGAGAGGAAACGCAGGGGCCUCCUCCGAUUGAAGAAGGAUGAUGAUGACUGCAAGAAAGCCACACAAUCCCAAAGCUCAAGUUUCUCAGGUUUUGCAGGUGCAUGCAAUGGUUCCAGUUCAGUUUCUAAAUCCCAUUCACAAUCAACAUUUUCUGAAUGUUUUAGUGGACUAAUGGAAAGUAAGGCAUCUAGAGUGUCUUCAAGAGAUUUACCUUGUAGGUCUGUUGUUGGUAACUCUCUUGGUAAAGAUAGACAGCAACUCCCAAAUGGUGGUGAUCAAAAGGUUACUGCUACCCGUUCUCUUAACCAUCAGGGGGAAAACUUGUCUGGUCGCUUCUCUAAGAAGAGGACUUCUUCUGAGCUCCUGACUUUACGUGAUUCAAAGACUAGGAAGGGCCAGAUUCGCCAGACUGUGGUUCUUCUGGAUGAAGAAGAUUGUCCUUCUUUCGACACUACACAACAAAAAGAUCAACCAAUUGGACGGGUGAAGGAUAAACAAAUUUACUACCCUUCCAGAAAUGAUCCAGAAUCUGUUGAACUUUGUUACUCAGACAUCUAUUGCCUUGCUCCUGAAGCUUUUCUGUCGUCAACUGUUAUGAACUUUUACAUUCGAUAUCUACAGAGGCCGGUGUCCCCAACAGGUAGACCAAGGGGUGAUUAUCAUUUUUUCAAUACAUAUUUCUACAAGAAGCUUAAGGAAGCUGUAUCAUACAAGAAGAGUGAGAAGGAUGCAUUCAUGAAGUUCAGGAGGUGGUGGAAAGGUGUCAAUAUUUUUCAGAAGGCAUACAUACUUCUGCCAAUACAUGAAAAUCAGCAUUGGAGCUUGGCAAUUAUUUGUAACCUGGACAAGGAUGAUGACUUGGGACAGAUUAUACUCCAUUUGGAUUCAUUGGGAUAUCACAAUAGUUAUGAAAUUUUUGAGGACAUUAGAAGCUUUUUAAAAGAAGAAUGGAAAUACCUAAGAGAAGAAGUUGCAGCUUCGGACCCGUCCAUUGGAGACAGAGUGCAUAGAAACCUCCGAAAUAGAAUCGAUGGGAGAAAAAUCACGGUUCCCCAACAGAAAAAUGACUAUGAUUGUGGCAUCUUUGUGCUUUACUUCAUGGAGCGUUUCAUUGAGGAGGCCCCAGAAAGGCUCAAAAGGAAAGAUCUAACUAUGUUUGGAAAACAGUGGUUCAAACCUGAAGAGGUAUCAGGGCUGAGAGGGAGAAUUCGAGAAUUGCUUGAAGAAGUGUUUGAAAAUGCUAAAAUGGAAGAUUUCAGCAGGGAACCAUCACCUCUAUCUUCGGGUGAUGCUGCAAUAGGGCACACUGAGGAUAAUUCUGAUUCUUGACUUACGAUUUGGAUUGAAUACGACAUCUGCUCCCCGGUUGUGGUUUGCUUGUGCCAUUCAUCUGCACAGAGUGUAUAGCCUCUUGUAUACAUUGUGAAUACCAUGCUUUCUCAGGAUCAUCCAUGCCUUGUCUCGCACCAACGAGCUUGUGUAGAAACCUUACAGAUUUAGCUGGGGAUGUCCCAAGUGUGGAUCAUCCUUCACCUGAGAUGUGAAUGUUGGUAGUUUGGUGAAAGACUGAAUGAGGCGUUGAAAGACAAGUGUAGAAAGCAGUUGAUGGUUAUGUGGCAUACGAGGCAUUCACUGCUACAGUACCUUUUUGGACUGGAUGGUAACCAACCAUUUUAGGCUGGUCAGACUCACUUCAAAUGGAAAAGCCAUUGAAACUGAAACUUUUGAAGGUUGGGCAUAUUGUCAACAUCCACCGGGCAAAUAUCUGGAAUUUAGUUGCUUCUUUGUAUGAUCAAUGCCUCUGUAAAUGAAUGGAAGAAAUGUUCGACAAUUGUACUACCAGUACUUUUGGGAAGCAUUUUUCAUUCACACAGAUAUAACAGUGUAAGUCUGGGAUUGGAAUCAGGAAUCAGACUACAAUCGUCGAUUAAAAACUGGAACUGAUCAGGACUGAUUGUUAAUGGCUCAAUUUUGGUUUUUCACUUGCUUUUCAUGCUCUUGGCAUACUCAUGUUAAAAUGGCUCAUUAAGUCCUUAGGCUUUAUAUUCGAUAGAUUUUUUGUCUAAUUAUCAUAGACUCUGUAUGGGUUCAAUGUAUGAUGUAUGGGUGUCCAUCGGUUUGGUUUUGGUUUUUUAGUUGAUUUUGAUUCGGUUUAAGAUACAAAUGUACAAAUUGUAAUCGGUUCGAAACCAAAUAAUUUUCAUUCGAUUCA